UGUCAGCGAGCGCUGCAGGUUGAUCGCCGCGGCUGCAGAUGAGCGGAGCCCGCGCGGGCGGGGGGGCGGCCGGGGCAGCGCCGCCGGGGCCGGUCGGCGGCCGGCGCACUAUGCGAGGCCGGGAGGAUGGCGGUGGAAGCUAUCCAUUGCAAUCUGAAUCCAAAUGGUAUUGAUCACCCUGUCCCCACAGAAGGCAUUAACCUGCAGCUUGAAGGUGAAGGAGUUGAUUCGCUGGCGGUCAAGAGCACUGGUACUCCCAAAGGGCCCGAGUCAAAAGACACACCCAAGAGACAAGUGGAGCCAGAAAUAUCUAAGUCUGGGACUGUGAAGCUGACUAAGCCUGUGGCGUUAUGGACCCAGCAGGAUGUCUGCAAAUGGCUGAAGAAACAUUGCCCUAAUCAGUAUCAAAUCUACAGUGAGUCAUUCAAACAGCAUGACAUAACUGGCCGUGCUUUGCUGAGACUUACUGACAAAAAGCUUGAACGAAUGGGCAUUGCCCAGGAAAGCCUGAGACAGCACAUUCUGCAGCAAGUCCUUCAGCUGAAGGUGAGAGAAGAAGUCCGAAACCUCCAGCUGCUUACACAAGCCCCAGCAGAGAACUCUCCAUAAACAUUUCCAGCCUCUAAAGCUGCUGUCCUGCCACUUGAGAUGAAAGUGAACUUUCCUUCAUGAAAAAACCACAAUAAAUGGCGCUGCCAGAAGAUGACCAUGGAGGAUUGAAGACAAACUUGAAGAAAAAUCAGCCCACUCAGCUGGGGAGACCUGGUUUGCUGUGGAGUAAAUAUGUGGUGCAAAAUAUCCAAAAGAUCUAAUUUGUUGAAAAUGGUCAUUGACAGACCUUUAGCUGGAAAAUUUCUUCCAGUCUUCAUCACUGUGCAUAACUUUUGAGUUCCCUUUAGGGGACUGUCUAUGCCCUUCACUAGAAGUCCUGUUUUAGCAUGGCAACUACUGGAUUCUUUUAUUAUGUAUGCAGAUGGCAUGAUGUUUUAGGAAAAACUUACAACAAUUCUCCAAUCUCAGUGGAUAUGUUCACAAUAUUACACCCUGAUAGGAAUGUAAACGUCUUGUAUGUGUUAGUUUUGCAGUCUAAUGGUAUUCUGUUAAACAAUAUCAGCACUUCAUAUGUGCUUCUCUCACAGAACUAGCACAGUCCAUAUAUAUAUAAUGGUCCUUUUUUAAAUUACUGAGGAUAUGUUUCAGUGUUUGUGCUGAGACUGCAUCCAAACUAAGCCCAGUACUAGCAUCCCUUCACUGAUUCACAGUAGGUUGUGUAGAUAGAUUUGCACGUGGCAGAUGUGACUUCUUUUAUCAAGACUUAGAGAAGAGCUGUCACAGAGGUAGCCAAAACCAGGGUAGUUUGAAUGAGCUGUAGGAUACUGUGUCUGCUCUCCCUCUCACCCACCAAAUAUCAAAGGGUCCUGUUUCUGGUGUGCCAGUGUGUUUUCUAACUCAGCGAGGGAGAGGCAAGGGAGAGAGCCUUUCUCAGACAUGUAUGUGACCCUGGGUUUGGUCUGCAAUAAAACCAGAAUAAACUGGAAGAAUUCAGGUUCUUUAUGCUGGCCACCACUUAUGUUUUGGGCAGGGCUGGGAAAUUGUGGUCCAAACCAAACUCUCUAAAAAGGUAAAGUGUAAGACUAUACUUCUAAGGAGCAAGACACUCCCUUUGGAGAGGGCAGAUUUCUUCAUUAACUUUUUCCACUUUCUACUCAAAACAGUAUUUUGGUAGGAACUGGGAAUAAGCAAAUGGUUCCAAUAAGCCUUUCAAUAUACUGUAGCAGGCUCAUGACUGUUGCAUUCAAUCUGAACGUUGUUUUUUGUUCAGUCUCUGAAUGGCUGACCUCAUCACUGGUUGUAUCACAGCUGGCUGUGGUGCUGUUUCUUCCAUGGGGACUCAGUGGAAUUAGUGUCUGUCCCUUACAUCAGGACCUUCUCAGCACACUCUUUAUAAUGAACAGAUGUCAUCAACAUUCUGAGGGGGCUUACCUCUUUGUUGCUUCUUUCUUUAAAAUCAAAGGUAGCUUUUUUGUGUACUUAAAGACUGUCACUCUCUCCAGCCUGAUAGAGUUGCUGUUAGCAUUAAUUCCAAACUCUGCAUGAGACAAUGCUGUGUGAAGAUGCAGUGAUGGAGAGAAUGUGCAGUUAGAGUAAGUCACAGGCACCUUUCUGGAGGAAGCUCCUGUAUUAUAAUUCUUAAAAAUUGUUGUGCAGUUCAUUGCUAGAGAAUGGAAGGUCAACCACUGAGGGUGUCUGUAGAACAAACAGAUAAUUAUCUUCAGGGUUUAAUUUUUUUAGAUGGUUAUGGGCUUAGGUUUCAGCUCUCCACCCAUCUCAGAUUCAGCAUAGUGGAUACUUCUAUAGCACUCAGUGCAAAAGCAAAAUAUUUUUACUGGUGACAAAGAUUUUCAGAAGUUGCUAGUGAUUUUUAAUGGUUUGGGUCUUUCCAUGGAUUCUCAAAUGGAGUUCCCAAGAAUUACAGAGUAGUAAGCUUCUACAUUCUCUUUCUGAAAAUCCUGGUCCCUAAUUUCAAAUUAAUUGGUGUAAAAAUUCUCCUUAAAACAUAAGGAUCUUUGCCAAUUGCAACAUUUGCACUUUUUAGAGCUUUUCAUAGGGUCGCAGGUUGGAAUCUGAUACCAAUAGAGCUGGCCAUGUGCAUGGCACAGGUCCACUGUAAGCUUCAGCAAAUUUUACAGCUCUUUCUGCUACAGGUUUUCAAAACACACUCUGACAACUGACAUCGAUUUCAUGUUGCUAAAGCAAUUAAAAACAAAAUACUUUGAUUGAUAUAUUAAAUUAAAAGAGAAUGCUAUACUUCUACAGUAGGAGUUCUCUUAUUUUACUACCCGGUGAAAAAAAUCCAGAAUAAUUUGAAUGAUAAAAGAAGAGUUUAUCAGAGAAUGUUAUCUUUAAAGGGUGUGUGAGAAGAAGUUGGGUUAGGCAGAGAGCCACUAGAAGCUUUUUUUGUAUCAAUGUUAGUUUUGAACAUCUUCCAGUAUAUGGGCAUGAAUUUAGAUGUGUGCACUUACCCUGUUAAAACAGUUUGUUUUAAAAGCUUCCCAGGAUUUUAGCUAUGGUGACCUAGAAAAGCAGUGUUAUAGGCCCUGAGAAAUGUGAAAAUCAAGUCCAGACCCCUGAAUAGCCAGACUCUGAGAGAUGUCUGCUGUAGGUGCCUAUUGGACAAACCUCCCCUGAAGCUGGUUUGGUCUCCAUCCUGCAGCCAGCCUAUGCAUGUGGAUAACUGCAAGCAUAGCUCCCCCGAGCCCCGUGACACUUCUCACGUGUGUGACUGUCUGCCAGAGCCAUAAGGAAAUAACUGUACUUUUUGGCUUGUAUUUAACUAUUCAUUGUGUUUGGAUUUUUUUAAUCGCUGUUAUUCUCCCAAAGUAGGCCAUGCUUCCUCAGGGAUAUUUAUGAAAUGUUCUACAUCUCCUGAACAACUAUCUGGAUCCCAGCGUAUUCUUCUGAAAACUUUUUAAUAUAAAUAAACAUGUGGGAGAGGUUUUUGUUCUUAUGAAUGGGGGCAGGUACUGUGUUCUCGGAAAGGCUGUUGAGUGCAGACAAUCAAGUCUAUUGCAUUUUUUAUGCUGAACACCUUAUUAAUACCAGACAUAUCCGCUUUUGCCUGGGUCGCAGGAACAGUUCAGGAGAAAGAAUGCUUUAUCUCUAGUCAAUAAAUCAUUUAUGUCGAGAGUGCCAAAGACCAAGUCAACAUGAAAGGGAGCAAAUAAGUUAUUCCGGCAAAGGAAGUGAAUUUAAAUAUGCUCAGAGCCAUUAGUUCACUGCAAAAGAGUGGAAGACUAAUGCUGUUUUCAUAAAGCGGCCAUUAUCAGCCAGUGGAGAUAGAUAAAUUCAUCAAGGUCGUGCUGCUGUUACAGUGAUCACCAGUUGUUAUCUGUGAGACAAGGCAGGGUUGUGACCAGGACCCUGUUCCUGUGCAGACCUGCAGCCUUCCUCCCAGUCCGGAGCCUGCCCCUGCUGCCACGUUCCCCUGGUUUCCCUGUGCCCAGGUUCAGCAUCAGAUCCCUCCAGGAAUCCCUGUCAGAGCUCAGCCAUCCCGAGUGCUUCGCUCCAUGAGACGGCCUCCACCAGAAACCUGAAGGAAUUGCUGACCCCAGAGGGCACACUGCAGCUGAGAUCAUCCUUUGCCCUCUUUGGUUGCUCGGGUUUUUUCAUCUGGGAGGCUUUCUGUGCCUGAACACCUGCCAUUUAUUCUGUUAAGGGAAAGGCAGCCUUCCAGGAGGGGAGUUUGGAAAAGCUCCAUGAGCUCUUUGGCUUUGCUUGUCCAGAUGCAUUGCAGUGCUGUACCAGUGAGUCCACCCCUCCCUGUCUCUUCCUUAGGGUAAGUGUUGUCACUCAACUGCAGCUCCAAUGUCAUUGAGGAAAUUAAACCAUUAAAAAUUACAAACUUCUGAGUUUGCCCUGAAUUUUCAGAAGACCCCAUGCUGGACCCUGGCAGACCUCCAUUGGCACUACUCCAUCACAGGCUCCAGAGAUGUGUUGAUUAGUGCCAGCCAAGGAGCCAGCAUCGAGGUGGCAUUUUUUUGUGAUCACUAAAAUGAACCUCCCUCCACCUGCCACAAAGCCAAAAGAUCUGCAUUAUUCAAAAUAAAGCAAAGUGAAACCCUGCAUUUUUCACAUUGGUCCCCUUAAGAAUUACCAUCUCUGCCAUCAGAGUCUCCUUGAACAGUUCUGCUGCAGGACUGCAAUUAACCCCGGUAUAUAUAGGCUGUCAAUAAGAUUUUAAUUUAAAAAGAGAAGGUCCUUUGGUAUAAUUAAAAUUGAUGGGUGAGGGGAAAAUAUGACCAGCAUUACCUGCAACCUCUUAUAGUAAAAUUCAGGAAAGUAAUCUGGAGGGAAAAAAACCCCACCAACAUAAUGUAUGGGUGAUUAGGCAGGCUCAUGAGGAUAAAUCAGCAAGUAAGGAAAGUAGAUGCUUAAUGAAGGAAGCCAAAAAUGUAUGGGAAGUCAGUGGCAAAUAGGUUAGGGCUGGUUACACCAAAGACUUUACAUAUAUCCUAAUAAAUACUGUCAUAGCAAAGCUAAGUGUGAUGUUAGACAGGCCCAAUGCAAAAGAAUAAGUGGUUUGAUACAGAAAACUAUAGACUCAUUAGCUUCCUAUCAGUCUUAGGCAAAGUAGUGGAAAAGUUGAUAUGGUGUAAUCAUUAGAGAAAUUAAAAACUGAUAAAAUCGUUCAUAUUAUUUUUAUAGAACUGUAUUAUGCCAAAUAAACUUGCUAUUAUUUUUGUGGUAUCAAAGGUUUGUUGAGAAAAGAAGCUCUGCUGGUAUACUAUACUUAGCCUCCUAUAGAGCAUUUGAUUCUGAUAAAGAACAAAAUACCACAAUGCAAAAUCAAUAUCACCCAUAUUUAAUGGAUUAAAAAUGGAUUACAGGCUGAUCACAAAAAAUAGCUGUAAAUAUGAAUUAUUCUCACUGAGACUCUUUCUGAUGAGCUCCUCCCAAGGUUUGCUCUAUUUUCAAUAUACCCCCCAGGGAAAGAGAAAAUUACUGUUGGCAACAGCCAGAGAUGACGAAAACAGGGGCACAAUAAAUAAUCAUCUGAGCAGGUCAGUACUGGAGAAUAACCUGGAGAACAGAAAAGUUAAAAAUCCAGGAGAGAUGGCAGCAAGUCCAACUUAGUAGCAUGGGGAGUAUGCAAUAACACAGUGGCUGUGAAGGUGUCAUAAAUUAUCUGUUCAGCAUCAGCCCCAGAGAUGCCUUUGCCAGCUGGGAUGUAGGACCUGGCAAUAGCGAUGCCAUUCCAGUCUUUCAAAUAAAGUAUCAACAACCUGGGAAGAUUCUUUUCAAUAGUUCCCAGUGUCAUUCAAGGGCAGGAAAACAGGUCUCAUUAUAGUGUCAAGCUAAUGAAGCUCAAGCUAUUAAUUUAUCUCAGAAGCAAUUUGAAGCAGUGACUUGAUCUCUGUCUGCAAUCACAAUCUUCUACCUGGGCAGGGAAGCACUGUCUGAAGGCAGGUAGCUCUUCUGUUUGGAGGAAAAGGAAAUUAUGUGCUCUGCUGGUUGGAAACUGAUUUCAGGCUAGAAAUUAAGUGCAAAUACUCAACAGGGAGGAUGAUUACUAGUGGAGACAACUUACUCAGUUACCUGGUAUGUUCUCCAUCACAUAAAGUCUUUAAAUGUAUGCAGAGUAUUUUUCUAAGUCAAUAAGCUCUACCUCAAACUGAAAUCCAGGCUCGGUGCAGCAAUUACUGGAUGAAGUUAUUAGGCAUGUGUUAUGCAAGGAUUAGACUAGAUCAUCAGAUGUAAACUUCUGAAUUAAAAAUAUCCUGAAGUUUCCAAUAUUACAGGAAGGCAGGGCGAUCUAUAUCCUCUUUUUUUUUCUCUCCCCCACAAAAUUGUAUUAAUUUAAACAGCUUCUGUGGAAAGCUGUGCAUUUGGUAUGAGCAUCACUAGGUCUGCUCAAGUUGUAAGGUUCUGUUGCACAUAUUUAAAGGAAGAUAACUGGACAAAAAAGGACAACAAAACCCUUGGACAUACCAAGAGUCUGUAGCUUUUCAUUGAUGGCAGCCUGGGACAAAAUGUGCAUGGAAAUGAUGGGGCCAUGUGGAUGUGUAGUCAAAGUAAGUCGUAACAGCUGUGGGUUUGCCUCUUAAGGAGGCAGCAUCUUGCUGGCAAGAAACAGAUUUUCGUGUCUGCAACAAGUGGCAGAGAAGCUGCAGUGCUGUUGGAGAGGGUGAUUGUAUCACUGUGCAGCUGGGCACAGUACACAGGUUCCUUGCUUCAAAGACAGCAAACUUCUGCUGUCAUGAGGAGCCCCACUGGAGCUGGUUAAUAAAGCCCUGGAAGUGAAAUUACAUCAGUGGGAUUACCCAGAGACAUGACAGCUGCUCCCAGCAGUGGGUUUUUGCCAGACUGGGUCCUGUUACCAUUGACUGGAUUGAAUGUUGUACUUCAGAAAUAAGCAAAGGAGUACUUGGUGUCUGAUUCAGAUCUCACAAAACCACUGUUGAUGUGCACAAGGCAAGUGUGAACCACUGGAGUCAUCUUCCACGUGCUUCAUCAACUGUGGGGAAAGCACAAACUGGGGUGUACAGUCUAAAGAGUAAACAGCUCACACAAACAAGGGAAACUAUAAAAGCAAUACUUACUGCAGAUUGGUAUUGGACACCUCACAGCUCUGGAGGAGAGUGUUCUGUGACAGGCAUGGCUGGGGCCAGCUGGAAUGGGGCGAAGCUGGACUGGCACAUGACUCUAACAUCUGCUUCUGCCAUAAGAGUAGGACUGACAGCAUUAUCACAGCUCAAGCUCAGACCAGGCUCAGUCUAAGAAGGAAAUGAAAAGCUCCUUUCUGGUACUAAUUCCAAAUAUAUCUAAAUAGUUUCUCAGAAAAUAAAAAUGCUCUGUAGUUGCUACACCUCUAAUCACAUUCCUUCUAUUAAGCAUUUGCCUUGAAUUUAUCUAUUUAAUAUCAUGAGUCACCAAAUUAAAUAGCAAAACACAGGGGUUUUUAUAGCAGAGAGAUUGGUAUUGCAGCAAAACUGCAUGUAAGCAAUAAGAAGCUGUGCAGGGAAGGAAAAAAAACUCAGAUUGUCCCAUCAGAUGCUAUGGGGACUUAUAAGUUGUUUGGGUUUUUUUCAAUAUUGAGAGGUCAGCUUUACAUCUAGGCAGAAGUUUUCCUUACCAAGCCAGGUUUUGGUCUCAAGAGCAGAUACAUAAAGAAAUGUUUGGAGUAAUUUUAGAGCUUUGUCUACUUCCCUUGUAUGUAAGAGGCUCCUUCUCGGCACUUCUGAGAAAGGUGGAAAAGAGAUUAAGUGACAGUAGAAGAAGAACAGAGGGACAGGAGUUUCCAGCCUAUGCAAAGCAUCUCAGCAUGAGACUCACAUCUUGUCCUUCUCCCCUGAAUCCAGCCCCACUGACCAAGGGGAGGAAUGGAGCCAUGCUGGGCUACCCCACAGGCAGAGAGCAGUGCUCUGUCUGUGCUGAGUAGCUCCUGCAGCCACAGCAGGAGACAUUUCCUGGCAGGACUGGACAAUCCCCUGGUGAUGGGAAGGACCAGCAUUUCCCCAGAGGGGAUGUGUCCUCCCAGGAGAAGACUCCUUUGCUUUGCACUAAGCUGCAGGGAUGUUUGGCAAGGCUAAGAUGUGUAUUUUUAAAUUUCUCACAGAUAUUGCAGAAUCUGAAGGUGGCAGGGCAGUACCUUGGGACAUGCUGGGCUUUGCAUUCAGUUUCUUGUAGGGACUGCAGCUACCUGGACCUGCCUCGAAAUUAUUGUUUCUUUUUCACUGUCUGGGUAAGAUGGGAGGAAUGCCUGCCUGGCUCUGCACACCAUAAACCAGCAAAGGGGGCUCUAAAUUUGGGGUCCUCUGCUUUGGGGAGUUGAAUUUAAGGUUGUUUGAACAUGACCCUGAGGAUGUCAGGCAGAUGGAAUUGCAGUUGCACCUGAGUUGUCUCCAAAGGCUGCUUCCCAAAAAGGAGCCCAUGGACAGAAUCAGAUACCAGGCUGUGCUGGUGCAUCCACAUCGGCCUCUGAUGAUGGACAUGAGCUGCAGGGAGUGAGAGGGAGGCUGGGAUCAAGGUCCUGGGGAAUCUGGUCACUUGAUGCAGGACAUGGGAUGCAGAAAGGCUGACUGCAAACCCUUGGCCAUGGUCAAAGCAGUCACUUGAAGCCAGCAAGCUGUGUCUGAUCCUGCUGCCUUUGGACUCAGUUCUGGUUUAGAUUCACUAAGGAAAUGCUCUAAGCCAGUGAUCUCCUUUUAAUGUUAACUUGGUUGAUAACCUAGGAAGAUGCCAGCACUCUAAUGCUUAUAAAGUGACACACUGUUAUUCCCAGUACAUCUAUGGCUGAACUUUUUAAUGAUGGAGCCAAAUGAGGUGGCAUGAGACAAAAGUGUGCCUUUUUGUUUGAUGUACACUGCAUUUCCCCAGGCAUCCAAGGUGUUCAGCUGCACAGUAGUGCUUUUUUCCCAAAACAAAACUUAUCAUGCAAGCUAAUUUUUAGUAUACAAAGUGGCCAUCACUUAAUUCCAACUUACAGCUUUUAUAUUCAGUCUUUACUUCCUUCUGUUUUCAAAAAUCAACAAAAAUAAAGCCCGGGCGGGAGGGAGGAGUUCUUUUAAACAAUAAAAUUAAAACCAAUAUCAAGUUUUUGGUAUCUUUGGGCAUGAUCUCUGGAAGCUUUGGGUAUCUGCUUUAUCAUUUUGUAUAUUUGACAAUUUUGUACUCUGCAUUGUUUGACUUCAUUUGUGCAUGGCAAUGUAUUAAAACAUGGAAUUUUUAUUAUACAGUAAAA